AUGGACAAGAAAGAGGAGAUAUUUACAGCCCAAGGGGAAAUGUCUGCUUCCUCGGAGGAGUUGGAGCAGGGGAAGCCCCUUAUGCUACUGACAAGAAGGUUUCGCCGUCUGCUGCCUGUGGGCUUUGUGACUGAAGUGAAAGAGCAGUGUGUGCUGGCUGGGCCUGUGUUCCUGUCUCAGAUAAUGGUAUUCCUUGUGAAUAUCGUGAGUUCCAUAUUCUGUGGACACUUGGGCAAGAUCGAAUUAGAUUCUGUUACACUCGCUGUGGCUGUUAUAAAUGUCACUGGUAUAUCUAUUGGUUCGGGCCUGUCCUCUACAUGUGAUACACUCAUAUCUCAGACAUACGGAAGUAAGAAUCUGAAGCGUGUUGGAACUAUCCUUCAGAGAGGGAUUCUCAUCUUGUUGCUUUUCUGCUUCCCCUGUUGGGCAGUCUUCAUCAACACUGAGCAGUUGCUGCUGCUUUUCAAGCAGAAUCCAGAAGUCGCCAGGUUAACACAACAAUAUGUGAUGAUUUUUAUCCCUGCACUGCCUGCAGUAUUCCUUUACCAGCUGCAGAUAAGAUAUUUACAAAAUCAGGGUAUAAUUUGGCCCCAGGUUUUUACUGGGGCAGCUGUAAAUAUUAUUAAUGCUGCUGUUAAUGCAUUCUUACUGUAUGGCCUGAAGUUGGGAGUAGAGGGUUCUGCCUGGGCAAACACUAUUUCUCAGUUCACAAUGUCUACUCUGCUCUUUGCAUACAUUUGGUGGAAAAAUCUAUAUGUUGAAACAUGGGGAGGCUGGACCAUGGAUUGCUUGCAAGAAUGGGGAUCUUUCAUACAUUUGGCUAUUCCUAGUAUGUUAAUGGUUUGUAUAGAAUGGUGGUGCUUUGAAAUUGGAGGAUUCUUAGCAGGUCUCAUCAGUGUGGUGCAGCUUGGCGCACAGGCCAUUAUGUUAGAGCUGGCUACAGUUGCUUAUUUGAUUCCUGUUGGUUUCAGUGUGGCUGCCAGUGUCCGAGUAGGAAAUGCUUUAGGUGCUGGAGAUAUCCAACAAGCCAAACGCUCAAGCAAUGUCUCUCUUAUCUGCACAGUGUUUGUUGCUCUACUAACUGCAAUCUCUUUGGCUGGACUGAAAGAUGUGAUUGCUUAUAUCUUUACAUCUGACAGAGAGAUCAUUGUCCUGGUUGCACAACUUAUGCUUAUCUUUGCUCCCUUUCAUAUGUUUGAUGCCUUAGCUUGCACUUGUGGUGGAAUAUUAAGAGGAGCAGGAAAACAAAAGAUUGGAGCCAUUAUGAAUGCUAUAGGAUACUACGUCAUUGGUUUCCCCAUAGGAAUAUCACUGAUGUUUGCAGUCAAACUUGGUGUAUUAGGGCUGUGGUCUGGGAUCAUUAUUUGUGUUUUCCUGCAAGCUUCCUUCUUUUUCUUUUUUGUUUGGAAGAUGGAUUGGAAUAAAGCAUAUGAAGAGGCACAAAUACAUGCAGGAGUGAAAUCACCGAAAGAGAAGGUUGAUUAUGGUUCCUCAUCAACAACUGGUUUUGCUGUUCUUGAAAAUGGUGAGUAA